CUUUUCUCUCAAUUAUUAGAGAUGGGUUUUUCGUUGAAAAGCCUGUGGUUUGAGUGACAGAAAGGACGAACAAAAUGUAUUUGAAGAGCAAGGUAGCAGAGCCGCCUUCCAGAAGCAUAGUGUCUAGGAGAUGGACCUUAUUGCUUUGUCUCGGUAGCUUUUGUGCUGGAAUGCUCUUCACUAGCAGAAUGUGGGAUGUACCUGAGGUAUCUGAAGCUAAAGGUCUAACAAGGACGAACAGUGCAGAGGAUGAAAAGCUAAAGCUAGUAUCAGAGGGUUGUGGGCCUAGAUUUAAAGAUGUAAAACAUGAAUCAAAGGACAUUCUAGGGGAAGUUUCAAAGACUCAUCAUGCUAUACAAACACUAGAUAAAACAAUUUCAAACUUAGAAAUGGAAUUAGCUGCUGCACGGGCUGCCCAGGAAUCUAUACUGAAUGGCUCUCCUAUAUUGGAAAAUCUAAAGGUAUCCGAGUCCACGGGAAAGAGAAAAUAUUUAAUGGUUAUAGGAAUUAAUACUGCUUUUAGCAGUCGGAAGCGAAGGGACUCAGUUCGUACCACUUGGAUGCUGCAAGGUGAGAAAAGAAAGAGGUUGGAGGAAGAGAAAAGAAUCAUUGUUCGCUUUGUUAUUGGUCACAGUGCUACAUCUGGUGGUAUUUUAGAUAAAGCCAUUGAAGCAGAGGAUAGAAAGCACGGAGACUUCCUGAGGCUGGAUCACGUUGAAGGGUACCUUGAAUUAUCUGCCAAGACAAAGACCUAUUUUGCAACUGCUGUUGCUUUAUGGGAUGCAGAUUUCUACAUCAAAGUUGAUGAUGAUGUCCAUGUUAAUAUAGCAACACUUGGAGCAACUUUAGUUAGACACCGCUCAAAGCCCCGGGUGUAUAUUGGAUGCAUGAAGUCCGGUCCUGUCCUUGCUCGAAAAGGAGUUAGAUACCAUGAACCUGAGUAUUGGAAAUUUGGUGAGGAGGGAAACAAAUAUUUUCGGCAUGCUACGGGUCAGCUAUAUGCCAUUUCAAAAGAUCUGGCUACUUAUAUCUCUAUAAACCAGCAUGUGCUGCACAAAUAUGCUAAUGAGGAUGUUUCAUUGGGAGCUUGGUUUAUUGGCUUGGAUGUGGAGCACAUCGAUGACAGAAGAUUAUGUUGUGGUACCCCACCUGAUUGUGAGUGGAAGGCUCAGGCAGGCAAUAUCUGUGUUGCUUCAUUUGACUGGAGCUGCAGUGGGAUUUGUAAAUCUGCUGAGAGGAUCAAGGAGGUUCAUCAGAGGUGUGGAGAAGGUGAAAAUGCUCUCUGGAGUGCAGUUUUCUGAGAGGCAGCAAGCAGGCUGUAGUUCUUCCAAACUCAGGAAGAAGAGGCAUGAGAAGAGAAAGCAUAUAUAUGGUGUGUGAAUCUUCCAGUAAUAUGUGAGUAUAGAAAAUGUAUUUAAUAUUACAAUGUAGGAUAUAGUUAGCGAGAGGGAGAGAGUGUGAGUGUGAGAGAUAGAGUCCUUGCUGCUUGAGACGAGCUUUUUCCAUUUUAGCAGAGAAGACCGACUCUUGAAGCAGAAAAAGGGAAGCAAUAGAUCGUCACCACCAUUCUUUAAAUAUGCUUAGGAAGGCCAUUUUGUAAGUUACUUUGGGUGGCUACUGAGCGUCAUAAUAAAUUCUAAUCUUUGGGGCAACCCCUUUGCUGCCUUAUGUUUCAUAAAAUUAGUGAAAGCUGUUUUGGGCUUUGAU